GGAUGGCCGCCGAGCAGCUGCUGCGGGCGCGCACGGCCCUCGUGGAGCGCCUGGGCAAGGCCGUGAUCGCGGGGCUGCUGGACGACCUGCUGGAGCGGUGCGUGCUGGGCCCCGAGGAGGUGGAGGCGGUGCGGGACGCGCACCCGCUGCGCGCCGACCAGGCCCGCUGCCUCGUGGACUGCGUGCGCCGCAAGGGCGCCCGCGCCAGCGCCGUCCUCAUCGAGAGCCUCAGGAACCGCGACAGGCACUUGGCCGAAGAGCUGGGCCUGGGCGCGGACGCGGGGCUCCCCGACACGCAGCUGGCCGUCCCCGCGGCUGACGUCCCUGCCCUGCUCCCCACCGGCACCCAGGGCCAGCAGCGGAUCCAGCAGUGCUCCCUGGGUGACUACGAGCGCAUCUGUGAGGCGGAGGGCAGCGAGAUCUACCCCAUCUACCUGCCCGCGCAGACGCGAACCCGCAGGGCCCUGCUCAUCUGCAACAUUGAGUUUAAGUACCUGACCAAGCGGUGCGGGGCCGAGAAAGAUGUAGAGGGGAUGACAAAGCUGCUGGAAGACCUGGGCUACAAGGUGGAAACCCAUCUCAACCUAACGUCCCAGGAGAUGGCCAGCGCCUUGAAGGAGUUUGCCCAUUGCAAGGAGCACCAGACCUCGGACAGCACCUUCCUGGUGCUCAUGUCCCACGGGGCCAGGGCUGGUGUCUGCGGGACCCAGAGCAGAGACGGGAAUACAGACAUCCUGUCCCUCGAUACCAUCUAUGAGACUUUCAACAACAAGCACUGCUGGGUGCUGCUGGGCAAGCCCAAAGUGCUCAUCAUCCAGGCGUGCCGAGGAGACAAGGAAGGCUCGGUGCUAGUGAGAGACAUYGGACACAGGACAACGGGCGCCGGCUCGGCCCACAUGGCCGUGGCGGGGCUGGAAAGCGACAUGAUCCGUGAGGUCCACCUGGAAAGCGAUUUUGCCUGUUUAUACUCGUCCACCCCUGAUACCGCCGCCUGGAGAAGCCCCCUCACUGGCUCUGUUUUCAUCCAGCACCUGAUAGAGCAAUUCAGAAGCUGUGCCCAUAACAGCCACUUGCGGGAGAUCUUCCGAAAGGUCCAAUGCUCCUUCGACAAGUUCCCCCGGCAGCUGCCAGCAGAGGAACGAAYGACGCUGCUCAGGAAGUUCUACCUUUUCCCGGGCUGCUAGCCCGCGCACGGGCUGAGUUCUGGA